UAAAAUCUCAAUUAAUUAAAUAAAUUUAGUUAAUAUACUCUUUUUUUAAAUUUAGAAAUCCAUUUUAAAUACUUAGUUUUGCUAAUCAGAGCAUUCACCAAGCAAAGUGCUCUCCUUCACCCGGUGAGAGAAGAGGAAGCAAAGAAAGCCAUGGUUGGACCAGGAAGACCUCAGAUCGUCCUCUUCGGUUCUUCAAUCGUUCAGUACAGCUUCAGCAAUGGUGGCUGGGGAGCCUCUCUCGCUGACGUCUACUCUCGCACGGCUGACGUUGUCCUUCGUGGGUAUGGUGGUUGGAACUCAAGAUUUGCCUUAAAGGUUCUUGACCAAGUCUUCCCAAAGGAUGCUGUAGUACAACCUUCUUUGGUGAUAGUUUACUUCGGUGGGAAUGAUUCAAUGCCUCCUCAUCCAUCAGGGAAGGGAGCUCAUGUUCCUCUCUCUGAGUUCAUUGACAACAUGAGGAAGAUUGGGGAGCAUCUUUUGAGCCUUUCGGACAAGACCCGUGUCAUUUUCCUCUCUCCUCCACCAAUGAAUGAGAGACAGAUCGAGUUAGUUUUUGGAGAUGCAAUAAAAGGCCGGAGAAACGAAGUUUGCCGACCAUAUGCAGAAGCCUUGUUGACUCUAUGCAAUGAGAUCAAUGUGAAAUGUGUUGAUCUCUGGAACGUUAUACAGCAACAAGAUGAUUGGUUGAACACCUGCUUCACAGAUGGGAUCCAUUUCACAGCCAAGGCAAGCGAGGUUGUGGUGAAGGAGGUGUUGAAGGUAGUGAGAGAAGCGGAGUGGAAACCGAGUCUUUACUGGAAGUCAUUACCGAUUGAGUUUCCCUUUGAUUAUGGUAUACCAAACUCGCUAAGCCUUGCUGAGCUAGAGUUAUUCAGAAACGAACAGUGAGCUACCACCUAGUACGGCUCUACCGUAAAACGUUUAGAGGACAUGCUACUGGAUGGUGUACCAAUUUAUUCUCGCUUGUGUGCAUCAGAUAUACAGAACAAGUUGCAGUUGAAUCUAAAAACUCUGUUUUCGUUUGGUGAACAAUGAUGGUUGUCACUCAUAUAUGUUUUUGAGCCUUUUAAGAUUAUCAUGCAAGUUGACAUAUGUUACAUUUACAACGA